CUGCUCUGCUCGAACACUCGUUCAAGAUGUAAAAAGCUCUCAUCUUGCCUCGCCUUCUCCUCUUUUUUUCCUCCAUCCUCCAAUCUCUUCCUUCUAAUUCCGGAACACCACCACCUCACUCACUUCGUCCACCUUACGGGGACCUUGUCUCAGCUCUACGAGUUGUCGGAGGAGCCGAAACGAAAGGAGUUUUUGGACGAUCUCUUCACUUUCAUGCAGAAGCGAGUCAACUGGAAAACGAUGUCUGAUCGACUUGAUGAGGCAUUUGGCCCAUGCUUCGAGGGUAAUCAGCCAAGCCCGGAUCAGGCUCCGACAAUCGGAGGGAUCACCAACCGUUUGCCCAACUUGGCAGCUUUUUUGCCCUCCACUCCGAGGUUUUACGGCUCUUCAUACCGACCUGAGGUGGUCUCGACCGGCCCCUUCACGUUUGUAGACCACUCUGGCAAGCAUCAUCGCUCGCUGGUACUGCUUUUUUUGUGGCUCUCCGGCCAAUCCUCAACCCCAUUGCACACUCCCCCUCUGGCCGGCUGA